AUGUGCUUCCAGAAGAUCCCCGUAGUCUCUAUUGCACGGAGUCCCCUCCGCCGCAACCUUCGCACCAGGAAUCUACUUAACCUCCGGCCACUGGAACAUUAUACACCCACCAAAACCUUCUCUGUUGGCCUAUGGAACUGCCAAUCCGCUGUCAACAAGGUGGACUUUAUCCCGGCUUAUGCCAGCAGUCUAUCCCUGGACCUACUGGCCCUCACCGAAACCUGGCUUAAAACCGAAAACACCGCCACUCGGGCAGCACUCUCCGCGGCUCACUCCUUCUCCCAUACCCCCCAUCUCUCCAAGCGAGGAGGAGGAACUGGGGUCCUGGUUAACAACAAAUGGAACUAUGCUCCCCUGCCCCUCAACACCAACUACUGCUCAUUUGAAUACCAUGCAAUCAAAGUCAUAGCUCCAGUCAAAUGCUCAGUGAUCGUCAUCUACCGUCCUCCUGGACCUCUGGGUGACUUCAUCAAUGAGUUAGACACUCUACUGUCCUCAAUCCCUGAACUUAAGUGCCCGCUGCUGGUCCUCGGUGAUUUCAACAUCCAUCUAGGCAAAGCUUACGCCACAGACUUUCUAUCCCUCAUCAACUCAUUCGACAUGCAACUAGUCAGUACUCCCCCAACUCAUAAAAACGGCAAUCAACUGGAUCUCAUCCUUACCAAAAACUGCAAAACUGAUGACGUAAUGGUCACACCAUUACAUACCACGGACCACUUCUUCAUCCGCUUCAUGGUUUCCCUCCCAGAACUACCUACCACCCCUCAACCCAUGACCACCUCUCGACGCAAUCUCCGCAACUUGUCUGCCGCCCACUUCGCCUCAGUUGUCGCUGCUGCCCUUCCCCCUCCCAACAGUUUCUCUCCGCUAGAUGUCAAUGCAGCCGCAGAAUCUCUCAGUUCCACACUAACCGCAUGCCUAGAUACUCUGUGUCCUCUUUUCAGAAAACCUGCACGCUCCACUCAGCCCCGCCCAUGGUUGACUGAUGCCAUCCGCUCGUCACAUACAGCACUCAGAGCUGCUGAACGGAAAUGGCACAAAUCCAACAACCCCGCUGACCUAGAAGCCUUCCAAUCUCUCCUAAUGUCAUUCUCCUCAUCUGUCACGACUGCUAAAAUGGAGUAUUACAACAAGAAAAUCAGCAGCACAACUGACUCACGGAAACUCUUGUCCUCGGGCGUAUUUCCAGCUGCCUUCAAACAAGCCAGAGUUACGCCACGACUGAAAAAGACUACGCUUAACCCCGCCUUGGUUGAAAAUUAUCGGCCGGUGUCACUGCUUCCCUUCCUCUCGAAAACCAUUGAGAGGGCGGUCUCUAAACAAGUCACUGACUUCCUCGCCCAUCACCACCUACUUGACCCAAAACAGUCGGGUUUCAGAAGUGGCCACUCCACCGAGACAGCUUUACUAUCUGUCACAGAAGCCCUAAAAACAGCCAGAACACGAGGGCAAUCAUCUGUACUAAUCCUUCACGACAUACUCCUAGCCACACUCGCCAACAUGGGCAUUACAGGCACUGCCCACUCCUGGCUCGAGUCCUACCUCGCUGGACGCUCCUUUAAUGUGUCUUGGCAAGGUCGUCUGUCAUUGACUCAUACCCUCUCCACGGGGGUGCCGCAGGGGUCGGUGCUGGGUCCCCUUCUGUUUGCCAUCUACACCACCUCGUUGUCCCAUGUUAUCCGCUCACACGGCUUCUCUUACCACUGCUAUGCCGAUGACACACAGCUAUACCUGUCGUUCCAGCCGGACGACACCACGGUCUCCGCAUGCAUCUCCGCCUCUCUAUCUGAUCUGUCAACUUGGAUGAAAGACCACCAUCUCCAGCUUAAUCUGUCAAAAACCGAACUCCUGGUCAUCCCUGCCCAUGAGUCAAUCUGCCAUGACAUCAACUUGAAAAUUGGUACUGUCACUAUUACCCCUAACCAUGCUGCUAAAAACCUGGGCGUCUUGCCGACCCCUGUACUAGAUGAUCGUCUUUCUUUCUCUGAGCACAUUUCCUCCGUAGCGAGGUCAUGCCGCUAUGCAUUGUACAAUACUAGAAGAAUCAGACCAUACCUGACCCAAUAUGCCGCUCAGUUCCUGAUACAGGCUACAGUCACCUCCCGCCUCGAUCAUUGCAACUCGCUCCGGGCUGGCCUACCUGCUUGUGCUAUCAAAUCAUUGCAAAUGGUCCAGAAUGCUGCAGCGCGACUGGUUUUCAAUCAACCCAAAAGGACACACGUCACCACACUCUUCAGCGACCUGCACUGGCUGCCUGUAGCUGCCAGAAUUAAGCACAAAGCUCUGACGCGAGCCUACAAAACCAUCUCAGGAUCUGCCCCUGUCUAUCUCAGCGUCUUACUAAAGGCUCACGUCCCGACCAGGGCGUUACGCUCCACUCAUACAAACCGUCUAGUUGUACCCUCGCCUCUCGCAAAGCGAGGUCACUCUAAACUCUUCUCUGUGGUUGUCCCCAAAUGGUGGAAUGACCUACCAACGGCUACAAGAACAGCAACAUCCCUUUCUACCUUUAAAAAACUUGUAAAAACCUUUCUCUUUCAAGACUGCUUCCCCUUUGUUUACAGGCUAGGGCUGCUGAGCAUCUUUUGA